CGCGCGGGGCGGAAGUGGCUGUUGCAUUUUGGCUUCUUUCAACUACGCGGAGGUGCAGCUGCCCGCGGGACGUUUGGGGCGCCUGCCCGCGGCCCAGCUGCUGCCAUGAGCCGGCCCAGCCGUCUGCAGCGGCAAAUUCUGAGCCUGUACCGCGAGCUGCUGCGCGCCGGGCGCGGGAAGCCGGGCGCCGAAGCGCGGGUGCGAGCCGAGUUCCGCCAGCACGCCAGCCUCCCGCGCUCCGACGUUCUGCGCAUCGAGUAUCUGUACCGCCGAGGGCGGCGGCAACUCCAGCUGCUGCGUUCCGGCCACGCCACAGCCAUGGGUGCCUUCGUGCGUUCGCGGGGCCCGACCGAGGAGCCCGGAGGCGGGGCGGCCCCGGGGACCCCGCUUGAUGAUUGCGAUAGUCCAGGGAACCCUCACAACGGCAUGGGGACACCGGAGACCCGACUCGGUGGACGGUGACAGGCAGAAGAGGUCACUUGGUGACCCAGAAGGUCCCUGACAGUUUGGGGGGACUGGGACCUCGUCCGAUGGAAAGUGUGAGGUCUCGAGAGACUUGCUCCACACGCUGUGGGGAUGGAGAGCCCAGUGGUGGACAGCGAGAGACCUUUCCUGUGUACGGUGACAGGUCAGACUCCACCCUUCCUCCACCAGGAGGGCUUAGAGCAGCCUGGGAGGCCAGCAGGCUGGACAGUGUCAUGCGGAGGUCUACUUACCCAAAGGCAUGAGGAGCUCAGACCUCCCCUCCACCUUGGCCCAAGCGGGACUGAGACCCUUCUCUUGACCUCUGAGAACACACCCACCCCGGAUCAUCAAACGGACUGUUUCUUGCUGUAUUUAACUGAGAAGAGCAGACUUGAUGAAUAGUAAGAGGCCUGGAAUCCCCAUUGGAAACUCCCCUCCACCCUUUUUCACAAGUCAGGACCAUGAGGAGGGGAUUAGGAGCCUGUCACCCCAGCUGAUCAACUGAAGACUCCCUACUUCAUGACCAUAAGGGACAGCCCUGACUCCUGAGCGCCUUAUCCCUCCAGAUUAUCGAACAAAGGGAAUAAAAUUGGGGCCAUGCUUAUUUCCCUAU